UUUUGAUGAACGUUUACUUUUUCCCUUUUGUUUCUUGCCGCAUGUUGUUUGCGCAUGUUUUCGAGUUUUGUAUUUAUAGACCAAGGUUCAUCUAUGACCUCACUUCCGGUAAGUUGUCCCAGCCAUUUUCGGGCCCUAGGUUCUUAUUUCUUGUACGGAAGGAUUUAUAGCCCUCAACACUUGAGAACAGAUGUCCGUCCUUUUUAACUGCAGGUCUUUAAGUAAAUAUGCCAAACAAUUAUAAGACAUGAAAAAGAGGGAUACUGAAAUGGCUGCUGCAUAUUUGGGGGUGUCUGUUUCCAAAGGGUCAGAGCAUCGUCACUCUGGCAAUGCUGGUGCAACUGGAGGCUCUCCAUUCUCAAUCAGCCGAUUUCUCUCAUCUCGUAGUCGACGUCGCCAACACUCCAAGUCACGCAUGAGCUUAGACUCUGAAUCGACUCGAUCAGAAUCCAGCCUUGCUGCACACAAUGUAGCCAGUACUUCUCUGCCAGCUUUUCACAGCAGCAUAGCAGCACCCCCCUUGUCACGUAGUAACAAUGCAACUGCCAUCAAUUCUGUCGUUAAAAACAUGUCUGCAGGAGGUCCUCAGAGUGCCUCAUCAGUUUCGUCCAUUGUGUCCAAAAAGCAAGGCAAUGGCAUUGAAGGUCCCCAUCGAGAGUGCCCAGUUUGUCUUACAGAACAAAGUGCGGACUGCUUCCCUCCCAUACAAACCUGUCAUCAUCGUUCAUGUGUGCAAUGCCUGCGUCAGUACCUGCAGAUUGAGAUAAGUGAGUCCCGUGUCAACAUUGCAUGUCCAGAGUGCAAUGAAAGAUUCCAUCCAAAUGAUAUGCGUGCCAUCUUGGAGGAUGAGGUCCUUAUGGGAAAGUAUGAAGAUUUUAUGUUGAGACGUGUCUUGGCCAUGGAUCCUGAUACACGAUGGUGUCCUGCUCCAGACUGUGGUUAUGCAGUAAUUGCUGCGGGCUGCGCAGGAUGUCCCAAACUAAAAUGUGAGCGAGAAGGGUGUGACACUUUUUUCUGCUACCACUGCAAACAGCGCUGGCAUCCUAACCAAACCUGUGAUGCUGCUCGUGCAGAACGCUCGCCAAACAUUCGUUCAGCUUCUAUUAGCUACAGCCAUGAGUCCAAUUCUCAAAAUGAGAUAAAACCUUGUCCAAGAUGUGGGGCCUUCAUUGUGAAGAUGAAUGAUGGUUCAUGUAAUCACAUGACAUGUGCCGUGUGUGCUGCAGAGUUCUGCUGGCUUUGCAUGAAGGAGAUUUCAGAUCUUCACUAUCUAAGUCCUUCAGGUUGCACUUUCUGGGGACGAAAACCUUGGAGCCGCAAAAAGAAGAUCUUGUGGCAGCUGGGUACGCUGGUUGGGGCACCUGUAGGUAUCACACUUGUUGCAGGAAUUGCUGUACCAGCCAUGAUAAUUGGCAUUCCAGUUUGGGUGGGGCGCAAGAUUCAUGCCCGGUACAGGCUUGCUUCAAGACAUAAGCGAAACCUGGCUAUAACAGGGGGAGUGGCAGCCUCCAUAUUAGCCUCUCCCAUCAUUGCUGGUUUGGCUGUUGGUAUUGGGGUCCCCAUCUUGUUGGCUUAUGUGUAUGGUGUGGUACCCAUCUCUCUUUGUCGAAGUGGUGGAUGUGGUGUCACCACGACCAACACAGGUGGAGUCCGCUUUGAGUUUGAUGAGGAAAAUGAAGCUGCUGGACAAGGAAACUAUGCAGGUGAUAACCACAGCGAGACAAUGCCACCUGUUGCCAACCCCAGCAUUGCUCCAAGCAUUGGUGAUGCAUCUCUAGGCAUGACAAACAGCCUCAGUGCCAGUGGUAGUCAUAUGGAUCGUGUUGGAGUGCUAAGAGAUGCGGACAGCGAUCGGGAUUCUGCUUCCAAUCGAGCCAUAGCUGGUGCCAGUCUUAACGGGAGCCUUUGUGGUAGCACAUACACUAACAAACUAGAGGUGCAGGUUGAUGUGGUAGCCAGUGGUGGGCCGCAAAAACGAGCCAGCUUUAGCAGUGAGUCGGCCAAUUUCAGUCUGAGUGAGAGAUCUGCCACGGUCUCCUUCGAUGAAGUCAGCAUGCGUGUUGCCUACUCUGAUGGACAGGGCAGGGACAAUGGUGAGACCAUUGCAAGUGCAGAGGGGAGUGAAGCUCGGGAUGCUGACGUGCAUACCAUUGAUAGUGCCGACUGGGUAAACAGUACACCAUCAGGUGCUUCGGCUACUUCCCCACAAAGUCCCCAUGCUCCCUGCCGAAGUGGCUUGGGGGAAGAGAUCAAGCAUGGCACCAAGUGUAAAAAGCUAACGCGCUUUGUAGAUGAUGUUGCUGAAAUAACUGCCUCAGCUGCCUGUUGUAAACUGGAGGAGGUGGAAUUCAGCAGAGUGGAGAGCCGAUCUCGAGAUAGGAGAAGCAGUGAGCAGUCCCCACUUCGAGAAGAACCUACUCUUGGCCCUAGCAUGGGUUUCAAGGAAGGGCCACCAGUGAAAAGAAGUUGCAGCCAGGGUCGUAAAGAGGGGAUAGCUGACCGCCCUAAGACAAUUUGUCUGACAAAAGAGCAGCGACAAAUUCCACAAUCAGCCAGUCUUCUGCGAAAAAGUGCUGUUGCAGAUGUUAAUGAUGCUGAGGAAAUAAAACAUGGUGGCUUGGAAUCAGGUCCAUCUGAAACAGGGGCGGGACUUUGUGGGACUCCAUUAGAGAAUGCUACAUCACACGUGACCAUUGGCAGGGACUCAGGUGAUGCUGCUUUGCCUGAAGUGGACACUGACAAGCCGGUUGGCCCCUAUCAGUCAUCUGCAAGUACUGAAGAUGCUAGUGAGCCUCAAUUCCUGGGUAGCCGAGGUAGAAGCCUCAGCUGCUUUUCGUUACACAAAACUUCCCUGGAAGAAACUGCUGCGGCUGGUGAAACUCUUUCAUCCUCAACAGGGUUGACUGGGGACAAAGAAUGCUGUAGGCCACAGCAAGGAAGCAUACGCAGGCACAGUUAUGAACAGGCCCUUCAGCAUGAUCAGACAAUGCCCAUUUUGUUGAAAUUGUCUCAGUGAUGUCACAAAUAAGCUUCUAAAUGGUUUGAUGUUUGUUGUCAGUGGACUCGUAUACUACUGCUAGCCUGUGAUCAUUGAUCAUGACAAGAUUUUCACUCCUGCAAACCCAAAGAAAAAUAGACAAGAAAUCAUUACCAUGCCAAAUCAGCUUUUAGCCGAAUGAUAAAUUAUGCUUUUUUGAAAGAAGCAGGGAAAAACAUCCUUGAGUGAUCUUCCAUUUCCUGUGAUAUCUUGGACCAGAAAUUUUUCUUUAAUUAACAAACAUGGUAUGUAUUGAAGAAAAAUUUUCAUAACCAUGUUAUUAGCAUUGUAAACAUUACGUAAAGAAAUGGUAGAAAUGUAGUUAAAUUUAAGAUUGUCCUUAAAUACUGACAUAGUUUGUGAGUGGUGUGUGUGUGUGUGGAUAUAUAAUAAAAUCAAAUUAUUUUUAUGCUUUCUGCAGUCAGUGGAACUCGCAGAGCUUUUCUUUAUUUCUUCAUAAACAAUGUCUAAACAUGCACACAUAGAAAAUGAUUUUUAGUUGUUCAGUUUGCCAUAUUUUUCUUGAAUUCCUUAUGCACAUUUGUUGAGGUAAUCUUAGGCUUGUGAUAUUUAACAUUCUCAGUACCUUUGUUUUCAUAGUACAGUUUUUAGUUUCACAAAUUUGAGUCCUUAGGCUCUUGGUUUGCAUCUCACAGAAUACGAGAAUAAUUUUGAGAUUUGUUCUUGCAUACUCGUGUGCAACAUUUUCGCAGCAGGGUCUUCAAGAUGCUCUCUCUUUCUUUUUAUGUACCUUCCAAGAAUUUAUGAGAUGUACAAUAUUUUUUAGCCAUGGAUUUGGAAGGUGUCAUUUAGAUGUGCUAAUUACCUUUGACUGUCAGCAAUGCAAACAGAUUUACAGAAAGAAAUGGAGGUUUUUUUUCUUCCCCUUUGAUAUAACCAUACAGAGUUCAAUAGCACACACUUUCUAUGCUGAGCACCUACUGUUUUCUAAAUGUGCAUGCAUGUGAGCACCACUGUGUAUUCAUGUGUGCAAUCACAGAACUCCAUGAACCUGCAGUUAAAGAGCCAUAUGUAGACACAAAAGAUGUAAAUUGUACUAAACUUGUGACUUUAUUUUUUUUUAGGAUAUACACUGUUCAGUUGAAAGAUCCGAUUUGUUCUUACUUGCUCUUUCGCAUUUUCUUGUGUGUUAUUUUGUUACUUUAGUUAAGUUAGAAGCUUAAAUGACUACCAGAUGUGAUAACUUACAAAAGCAUUCAGAAAUGACUAAACAUUUCCCCAUCAUGGUCUCCAGUUUAGCCAGUUGUCAUAUUAUCUCCACAUCCAUCUAAAUGUCUCUCAGUUUACAGUAUGUUCAGCAGUACUUCCACACCUGUUCCUGAAGUAUAUUUGUGUGAAGAUAUAUAUAUCUUGUAUUUAACUUGUAUGCUUCCUAACCAUUCAAUGUUGCCACAUACUUUUGUGUUAAUGUAUUGAGAAAUUUGUGAGUGGCUGUCAAGAGCACUUCAAAAAUGAGCUUCAGGGUGAUGUCCGGCCAGUCAGGUAGUACCUUCUUGUCACUCACUUAUAGCCUGGAUUUAUAUCAGACUAUUUUUGAAGACUAUUCAGUGAUCAUGUAUACAGCCUUUACUAAAUAUUUGUUAGCUGUAAUGUACAAACUCUGUUUUUGUCGACAUUGAAGUGCAGGCCUGGAAAAUAGCAUUGGGAAUAUGUAAUACUGAUAAUGUCCUUUAUUUGUAAGGCCUUUUGGCUGCUUAGAUGAUUUUUUUCAGCCCCAGGAGGGUUACAUUUAUUCUGUAUGUCUAUAUCAGACCAGCAUUGGUGUGGUUCCGUUAAAUAGUGGCUUUUUUUUUAAAGCAUAGUCAUUGCUUUUAGCAAGUGUUUCCCCUGUAUUGAAUUAUAAUUGCUUUCAGCUUAAGGUCUUUCCUUGAUUUAGAGUCAAACUUACUGUAUCUGUGACCUUGGAAGGUGACCAAGUCGAAGGAAUGUUGCUGGGGCAGGGAUUUAAAGAAUGAAUAUUGAUAGUUGUUUAGCCAGACGCUGGAGCAGGUCAUGAAGUAUUGAUGACAGACUAGAAAAAAGGUAAAGGUCAUCCUUAACCUUUUCAGGUUUAUUGGGGUGAGGUGCUAGAAACCUUACUUUUCUUGGGGCUAGCUUUAUGUGAGGGUCAUGCCCAUCUCUUCCUCGGUGUUUUACCUUUCCCAACCCUCUUUGCAGUCAGAACCCAUUCCCACCAGCUGGCUCGACUUGGGGAAGUUUGCUGCACUAAUCCGGAAUUGAACCAACACGCUCACUGUUCGAACGUGCAUGCUUUAAGCACUUGGCUAUCUGCUUCCCCUAGUCUGCUGCAGUUCCUAAAAGAAAAAGAAAAGAAAAUCGCAUUAUGUCAUGAAAUUGGACCCAGAAAUGACUUUGUGGAAACCUUCCAUUGAAGAACAACUUUGAAUGAUCAUGGCUGCCAAUAUUCACAGAAAUGAAUAUUUACUCAUUUCAGAAUUGCAUUCUGGUAAAAAGUUGUUUAAGUGUUGUUACAAAGAAAGCUGAGAACUUACAGAUGUUGCCUGCAGGUCGAGAUAAUGUUUUUGUGAAGACCAUGAAUUUGAGGUUACAUGGACUUUUGGGCAGAGGCAUUGUAUGCCUUAGAAGGCAUCUCCUUGCUCCUGUCCUUUUUCUUGCUCAUUUGCUUCACUAGUUGCAUUUUAAGUACUUUAUGUUGGGGGAGGGGAAAUGCCAAUCUGUUUAGGGGUUUGUUGAUAAAGCUAUAGUACAAACUAAUGCAGUUUCUGAAAUGCAUUCCUGCAGAGGUAGAUAGAGGGAGCCUCUGUCAGGCGUAAGUGUGCUGAGCUGUUAACACACAUUUGCUGCAGUCAGUGGCAUAUAAAAUCAGUUUUUCAUAAAACAGUAUCAUUUUAUGACUUCUCAUUGAAUACUGUCUUUCAGUGGGUCUCUUAUUGGACAUAUUAAUUGAAGAACACAUACUCAGUACGAAACUGUUUUCAUAUUGUUGUUAUUAAAAUUUACUCAUUUGCUGCGAUAUAAUUGCUUUUAGUAUGUUGAAACUAUCUGAAUCUUUCUGUCCUUUCUCUUAGUAUUUCAAUAAGUGUCACCUUUUUUAUUUGUGCAAUAACAGGUAUAUGUACAGGUCAAGAUGCACUUUAUGCAGUUUAAAAUUUCUAACCAAUAUUCAAGUUUAUUCAUGAGUGGUGGUGAUUUUCGUUAUCUGGAAAUGUGAUUGCUAAUGCAUUUGCUGCAAUAAAAAAAUGUCAAGUUAAACCUUCUGUUUAGUCUCAAGGGAACUAUGCAUGCACAGACAUCCAUUUAUGCCCACACAUGCUCGCAAGCAGAGAUCUGCAGAUGAAGAUACUGUUGUAGGCAGUAAUCUUUAUUGAGAGUUGCAUUGAAAAAUGUGUUAGCUACAAAAUUUCAUUUUAGUUUUAAAAUGGAUGAUGUAAUUAAUCUUCAGUGUGUCCUUUUAUUCUCAUAUUUGUGCAAUUAGCAGGGUGAAAGUUGAUUUUCAUGUGUACAUCCCAGAUGUUGAAGUUUCGGCUUCGUGUCUUUUUAGGUAGGAGGUAGUGAUAGAAAACACUUUUAAGUUGAGUGUCUGAGCUUCUGUACUUUGUGUUGGAAGAAAACUAAUUUUUGCGUUUAUUAUUAUAGCACUUUAAUAACAAAUUCUGCAUAAAGAGUGAGUAUGGUUUGUGCAGGAAGCCAUGUUUUGUAUACUGAAGCUUAAUCAUGAUAUGUAAACUCAUAACCAUUGAUUUAAUUGACAGUGCUAGGAGUGGGCUAUAGUUGCAGAGAUGAAAAAGGAUACUGGAGGCAAAGACAUGCUUCCGUCCAGGAAGCCCUUUUUAUACUGCUUUUUAUGGGCCUAGAGUUGCUUUUCCUGAAAGAUGAUGGAGAUGGAGAUAGAUCAUUUCUGACUUUCUAUGAACUGGAUGUUUUACUACAUCUAUAAUAAUGGUCGUUAGCCAUGUCUGUGUUGGUGUUCAUGCUGAGAAUGAUAAACUUCAUGCGUAGUUUGACAGGAACAACUGGAAAUAUUCUGUGGAGAUGAAUAUUUUCUAGCUUGUUUGAAUUUCACAUUUCACAAAAGCUAAGUGUGACAUUUAGUUGGUGGAUCACCCUUUUUCUGAAAUAUGUGUUAUUUUGCAUUGAGUUACAUUUUGUAUCGCUAUUGUAGUUCUUCAUGCUCAUCAUUUGUUUCUAAAAAUGUGGUAAACAGUCUGCCAGAGGGCAGGGCAGAAGUCUAAAAGCAUUCCAUAUCAUAUAAGGUAUUUAUAAUGCAAACAUAAAUUGUUGUUGUCUGUGUUAUAUUUGGUGGCAUUGAGGUGAAUCAGGCAUUACAUCUUCAUAGAAAUUAUUUUAAAUGCAAUAAAAGUAAUGUCUUUUAUCUAUUGGACUUGUAAGUUUUUAUCUUGAAGAUAAUUUUGUGCAAUUUCUUUUUGUGUGAUCAAAAUACUAUAUAGUGCUUUUCCUAGAACACAUGCCAUGAACAUCUAAUGCCAUGGAGUAGAAAUCCUUGGAUUUGAUUAAGUGAUAAAAGCUUCUUUGCAUGAAAUGUUAAUCUUGUUAAUCUGUUCAAAACAGUAACUGGCUUUAGUUUAUUUUGCAACAAAAUAUGUUAUGAACCCCUCCAUGUCUCUGCCUUUAAACUGAGCACAAAGCUACCUAAAGCUAUAUAUAUUACAUAACUGUGCAUCCUUUAUUGUCUUUUGUGAAAAACAAUUUUAGUAAUUCUGAUGUAUAAUCAUGGCUACUUUAUACAUAUUUGUACUGGUUUUCUAGAUGUAAACUGAUUUUGCAAUGCAUGACGCACAGUUAUCUUGAAAACAUGUUAUUUCGGUCUGAUGACUUGUAAUAAGAGAGAACCAGAAGUAUGGAAAUAAACGUUCUUGGAAUGUAGGAUAUCACCCUGACAUUAGGGCCCACAAGUCCCAAGUGAACAUUUAGGGAAAAGCUGUUUAGAUCUGCAUGUCUAUUGCUUGGUACAAACGGUACUGUAAAGUCUCAGUGUGUAGCUCACAUGCACAGUUUAGUCUUGAGAUUGGCUGUCUUGCCAGAGUUUGCUCUUGUGAGUCCUGCACAUUAUGUGUUCUUGGAUGCAUUCCUGAUUAUAUUUCCACAGUCACAUGGGAGAUUUGAAACAAUGAUUUUGGAAAGAGAGAUACAGGUUAAGUUGCAAUGCUUAAGGACAAAUAUCCUUUUCAUCUGUAUGCUAGGCUUACUGGCAGAUAACUGUUGCCUGUUUUAUUGUACUGUUUGUUUCAGAACUUGAUCAUAUUUUUAUGUCUGUGCUAGUUGCAAAAUAAUAAAAUCCCUUUGUGGGUGAAA